CCUUUCAUACUGGCCCCCCACCCCUUAUCCUUCUUGUUCGAGACAUGGGUGUGCAGUGAUUUGCUUUUGGGGGAUAAAACCCACAGUUUGGGAGUGGAGAGGGAUAUUACAGAGCAGGAUGGCCUGGAGUAAGGUACCUCUGCUCUUGCAUGGAUUUCUCCUGCUGGUUCUGUGUAAACCCUCCCUUCAAGGAGGAAUUUAUAUACCAGCUGGUGCAGGGGGAGGAACUGGAGCUGGUUUAGGGGGUGGCCUUGGAACUGGAGCUGGACUUGGUGCUGGAACAGGUCCUGGAGGAGUUGGAACAGGAUUAGGUCCGGGUGGUCUUGGAAUAGGGCCAGGAACUGGAAUCAGACCUGGAACUGGAGUUGGAGGAAUACCUGGUUUCAAACCAGGAAAGACAGGAGGCUUUGGAGUAGGCGGUGCUUGGGGGCAAGGUGCUGGACUGGGUGCUGGAGGCCUUGGGGGAGUUGGGCCUGGUGCUGGAGGUCUAGGGGGAGUUGGGCCCGGUGCUGGAGGUCUAGGGGGGAUUGGGCCUGGUGGUGCAGGGCUUGGUACAGGAGGACUUGGUACUGGUGGAUUAGGCACUGGAGGCCUUGGGACAGGGUCAUUCGUCAAGCCACCUAAAACAGGAGGAUAUGGAGGUCUAUCAGGAAUUGGACCAGGUGGUACAGGUGUUGGCCCUGGAUCACUUGCACCUGGUGGAGUUGGUCCUUCUGGCAUUGGUCCAGGAGGAAUAGGACCUGGUGGCAUAAGACCUGGUGGCAUUGGACCUGGUUCCAUAGGAACUGGACCAGGAAGUUUCGGACCUGGAGGAAUUGGUACUGGUGUUGGAACUGGAGGCCUUGGAGCAGGUGCUGGUGGCAAACCCCCAAAACCAGGUUAUGGGGGUAUUCCAAGCACUCUCGGAACUGGAGGUCUUGGUGGCCUUGGACUCAGGCCAGGGGGUGCUGGUUUAGUACCAGGUGGCUUUGGUGUUGGUCCUGGAGCUAGUGGUGUUGGCACAGGAAUAGCUGGACAAGGUGUGGGCACUGGUGUGGGAGGGUUUGGCCCUGGUGGAGCUGGUCCAAUAGGUGCUGGAAGAGGUGUGGGAGGAAAACCACCCAAAACAGGUUACGGAGGUCUUGGUGGUUAUGGCCCAGGAGGUGUCAGCACUGGAGGUAUUAUCCCUGGUGGCGUUGGACCAGGUGGCAUUUUCCCUGGUGGGGUUGGACCAGGUGGUAUUGGACCAGGUGGCAUUUUUCCUGGUGGUGUCGGACCAGGUGGUAUUGUCCCUGGUGGUGUUGGGCAAGGUGUCUGGAGUCCUGGAGCAGGCAGAAAACCUGGGAAACCAGGUUAUGGUGGGCCUGGGGGUUUUGGUGGCGGACCAUUUGGAACAGGAAGUCUUGGAGCAGGUGCUAUUCCACUUACACCUGGAGGUGCUGGAACAGGCUAUCCAUCAGGUGGUAGCUAUAGUGGAUAUGGUACUUAUCCUGGAGCUGGAACAACUGGUCAGAAACCACCAAAACCAGGAUUUGGACCUGGAGGUGCAGGAAUUGGACCAGGUGGUGUAGGAAUUGGUCCAGGCGGCACAGGAAUUGGUCCAGGUGGUGCAGGAAUUGGUCCAGGCGGCACAGGAAUUGGUCCAGGUGGUGCAGGAAUUGGUCCUGGUGGCACAGGAAUUGGACCAGGUGGAGCUGGAGUUGGGCCUGGAGGUGUAGGAAUUGGACCUGGUGGCACUGGAACUGGAAUUGGAGGAGCAGGAGUUGCACCUGGUGGAGCACCUUUUCUACCUCAAACUGGCUUACCAGGAUCUGGAACUGGGAUAGGUGCUGGGGGCAAAGUUGGAAAGAUUGGGAAGGCACCAGUGCCAGGUGUUGGGAUUCCUGGGCUAUACCAAGGGGGUAUAGUUCCUGGACAAGGUUUUGGAGGUAGAGGCGUUCUGCCAGGUGUAGCCACAGGAUCUCAAACUGGGCAGCUUGGUCAAGGUGCACUUGGAGCUAAUGGAGGUCGUGGAGGAUUUGGUCAACAAAUACCAGGCGUGUUCCGUGGAUAUCCUCUUAUAUCACCAAAGUCUGGAGGUAUAAGCGCUGCUAAGUCUCAGGCUAAAGCUGCUAAGUACGGUCUCAGUGGUGGGCUUGGAGGUAUACCUGGUGCAGGUGGUGUUCCAGGUGCAGGUGGUGUUCCAGGUGCAGGUGGUGUUCCAGGCAUAGGCGGUGUUCCAGGUGCAGGUGGUGUUCCAGGUGUUGGAGUCAUUCCUGGAGCUGGCGGGGGAACUCCUGGUGUCCUAUAUCCGGGAGCUGGUGGUUUCUAUCCUGGGGGAGCUGGGGCAAAAGCUCGGAAGUAUGCUUCCGGGAUAGGAACUGGUGGAGUUCCUGUUUCUGGUUUGGGAGUGGGUGGCCUUGGAGCUGGAGGACUUCCUGGUUCUGGUUUGGGAGCAGGUGGCCUUGGAGCAGGAGGACUUCCUGGUUCUGGUUUGGGAGCGGGUGGCCUUGGAGCAGGAGGACUUCCUGGUUCUGGUUUGGGAGCGGGUGGCCUUGGAGCUGGAGGACUUCCUGGUUCUGGUUUGGGAGUUGGUGGACUUGGCACUGGUGGAAUCCCUGGAGUUGGUCCUGAAGGAUAUGCUGCAGCCAAAGCAAGAAAAUAUGCUCAGCUUGGACGUCCUGGUGGGACUUUAGGUACAGGAGGAUUGCCAGGUGGAGCAGCCGGUGUUGGACUUGGUGGACUACCUGGUGGAGGUCUUGGGAUUGGUGGACAACCUGGAGGCGGAGUUGGAGGGCUACCUGGAGGUGGACUUGGUGGAUUACCUGGUGGAGGUCUUGGGAUUGGUGGACAACCUGGAGGCGGAGUUGGAGGGCUACCUGGAGGUGGACUUGGUGGAUUACCUGGUGGAGUUGGUGGUCUACCUAGUGGUGGUGCUGGGGGACUUCCCGGCUCUGGAAAUGCAUAUGCAGAGGCAAAGGCUCGUAAAUAUGGUCUACUUGGUGGAGGUGCUGGUUUAGGCCCAGGCACUGGAUUAGCUGCAGGUAUUCCAGGUGGAUUACCAAGCACUGGUGUUAGACCAUUUGGGGCAGGGAUUAUACCAGGAACUGGGGCUGGACAAGGAGGGGUCCCUGGUGGGGGUUUUGGUCCAGGAGGUGUACCCGGUGGUGGGCUUGGACCUGGUAGUGUUCCUGGAAGUGCAUUUGGACCUGGAGGAUACGCUGGGGCCAAAGCUCGCAAAUACGGAUUGCCUGGAGGAUUAGGAGGGUCACUUGGUAGUGGAACAGUGUCAGGUGUUGGAGCUGCUGGAGGAACACCAGGUGGAGGAAUUGGACCUGGGGGGGCACCAAUUGGUGGUUAUGGACCAGGGGGAGCACCAAUCAGUGGCUACGGACCUGGAGGGGCACCUGUGGGUGGUUAUGGGCCAGGAGGAGUACCUGCUGGAGGAUAUGGACCUGGCUCUGGAGCAUAUCCAGGUGGACCAAAGGCCCUAAAAUAUGGUGCUGCUGCUAGUGGAGGAGCUCCGGGACUUGGUCUGCAGGGUCAGGUAGGAACUGGUCCAGCAGGAGGAUUUGGCACGGGGGCAUGGCCAGUUGGUGGUUAUGGUCCAGGGACUGUAGGAGGCCAGGGGUCUGGAUUACCUGGUGGUGCUGUCGGAGCAGGAAGCAGAGGAGGGCUUGGGCCUGGCUAUGGAACAGGUGCUGGAGGAUAUGGACCUGGAUCAAAAGCAGCUAAAUAUGGUUUACCUGGAUCUGGAGGUGUCUUGGGAGCAGGAGGUGUACCUGGAGCUGGAACAGGAUUGGUAGGAGGUACUGGCGUUCUGCCUGGAGGAGUUGGGACCGGUGUUGGAUAUGGAGGGUAUGGAGGAGCACAAAAACCACCUAAAUAUGGACAACCAGCUGGUGGGGCUGGAAGUGUGUUGGGCGGGUCGGUACCAGCAACUGGUGGAACUGGGGCCAUAGGAACCGGAAUUGGAACUGGUGGUGUAGGUGGGGCUGGAGGCACACCAGUUUCAGGGACUAAACCAGACAAAUAUGGCAUCAUAGGAGGAACAGCAAUUCCAGGAAGUACAGAUGCUACCGGCACAGAUCGUGGAGCAGGACCUAAACCUGGAGUUGAUGGAGUGAUUGGCAGUCCAGAUGGUGCAACCCGUGGUGCUGGAGAAGGUGGAACAAAAGCUCCCAAGACUGAAUCUGGCGGACCAAUAGAGGGAUCAGGUGGACUUGAUGGGGUUGGUGGGACAGGAAUACCCAUUUUAGCUGGAGAAAAACCAGGUAUCACUGGAACUGUACCAGGUGGAACGGGAGUGCCACGACCCGACGGAGUUGGCGAUAGCGGAACACUUCCAGGAGCCAAACCACUAAAGCCCCCAGUCAUUGGAGGUGGAGCCAUUGCUGGACGUGGAGAUACCCCAGGCAUUAUUGAAGGAGGACCUGGAAGUGUAGGCAGUGGUGUAGGUGGGGUUGGUGGAGUUCCAGGUGGAGCUGGUGGAGUUCCAGGAGGAGUUGGUGGAGUUCCAGGAGGAGCUGGUGGAGUUCCAGGUGGAGUUGGUGGAGUUCCAGGAGGAGUUGGUGGAGUUCCAGGAGGAGCUGGUGGAGUUCCAGGUGGAGUUGGUGGAGUUCCAGGUGGAGUUGGUGGAGUUCCAGGAGGAGUUGGUGGAGUUCCAGGUGGAGUUGGUGGAGUUCCAGGUGGAGUUGGUGGAGUUGGAGGAGGAGUUAAACCCCCUAAAGUUUACAGCGGUACAGGUGGAACUGGAGCUCUAGGAGUUGGGGGUGUAGGUGGACUGGGUCCAGCUGGAACAGGAGGAGCUGGACUUCUGCCUGGAGGCGGUGGUUUACUACCAGGAGGUUAUGGAGGAGCUGGAGGUUUAGGAGCCGGAGGCAUCCUACCAGGGACUGGCCUCAGGUUCCCCAGUGGGGCUGCAGUGGGCAGCAAACAAGGAAAAGUUUAUGGGGCAGCAGGCACACUUGGUGGGUAUGGAGGCCCAGGCGGAUAUGGAACAGGACCCGGUGGUUAUGGUGGUGGCCCGGGCAGUGCUGGGGGACUUGGAGGGCCUGGAAUUGGUGGGCUUGGUUAUGGUUAUGGUCCUGGCGGGGUAAAACCACCUAAAAGCUAUGGAGGAACUGGAACAUUAGGUGGGGCUGGAAGAGGAGGUCUUGGUGGUGGUCUAGGAGCAGGACCAGGAGGUGUUGGUGGAGGUCCUGGAGGAGUUGGAGGGCUGGGUGGAGGUUUAGGUGCCAGAUAUCCAGGUGGUGGCCUGGGAGCUGGAGCUUUGAAACCUGGGAAAUCAGGGUAUGGAGGUUUAGGUGCAGCUGGAGGCGUGGGAGGUCUUGGAGGAGCAGGUGGAGGUCUCGGAGGAGGUGCUGGAAGCCCAGUAGGAACUGGCUUUGGCACGGGUGCACUGGGUGGUCAAGGCUAUCAGCCAGGUUACGGUGGCACUGGUGCAGGGGGACCUGGAAGUGCUCCACUUACACCUCAGCAAUCAAAAGCAGCCAAAUAUGCAGCUCUUCAAGGCUUUCUAGGUGCUGGAGGCUACAGAGGGGGCGCAGGAUGCCAAGGCAAAUACUGCGGAAGAAGGAGGAAGUGAGAAACCAGCUGAUAAAAGUGACCUCAUAAACCAGUGGUGCUACUGCCUGAUCUCAAAUGCACUUUUUUACAGUUUAAAAGUGCCUCAUGUAAUAUGUGAGCGAUUUGGACUUACACUAAAUAAUUUUUCAGCCGUAUGAUUAGAUGUGAUGUGAACCAGGCACUCUUUGCACUGCCUAAACUCCCUUUACUUAUGUCACUUAAGUUUAAUAUGAUUGUUUGAUUUUUUAUCUUUUUUUUUCAACCAUUUUAUCAUUUAAUGUUAAAAUUCUGCAGUUCCAGCUGUGCAUCUUUUCUGGUUUUGCUGCAGUUGUUCACUUACACUUAGCUGUGUAUUUAGACACAUGCAAUCUAAGGACAUGUCGCUGCUAUUUGAGGCUGAACUGUGUCUCUGGGGAAAGCGGCGUCAUUAGGCUUCAUGUUCUGGCCACCUAUCAUAAAGUAAAGGGAACCUGUUUUCUUUCUAGCUGUAUGCACUAUAUGCAGUUCAUGAAUCCAUAUUUUGUUUUUUUUCCAGCAUCUUCGGUCAUUCAAAGCAUAGUCACAUGAAGGAACGGGAUCUAGGCUUACCAAUUUUAGUCUUAUAAGAACAAAAUGCUUGUCGUAACUGCAGUAGACAGCAUCUAAGUACUGAGGAUUAUAAGCUGUCUUCAACGAUACCUCAGGAACUUGAAGCGGUUUCUUUUCUAGUAUCCUGACCUUAGUAAAACCUUGUUUUUGUUUGUUUGUUUUAACGUAACUCUUAUUAAAUUAAAAUGUUGGGUUUUUAAGGAUAUCUAUGCAUUUAACCUAAUCGUUUUUUUUUUUUUUUUAAGCAUCGUGUGUUGUGAAUGUUGUAUAUGUGUUUGUAUAAGUGCAACUAUUCAAAUGUGACAUGAAAGUAUGAUAAAGGCAAUUCAUCUAGUGAAUCUUCUCGCAUUGUUUACCUUUGUUCUUCAUGUUUAUGCACUUGUACUUGUGAAACUCCAACACAUUUUUGUAUGACC